AUGGCGCUCCUGAAGCGCAGCUUCACCGCAGCGCUGCUCGACGAGGACGACGACUCGUCGUACCCGUUGAAGAUGCCGGGGAGCCUCGCGCGCACCACCGCGCCGGUGGCCAAGAUGAUGCGGCUGUGGAACUACAAGCAAGGCUCGGGCCUCGGCGCGCACGGCCAAGGCAUCAUCGCCCCUAUAAAGGCCGUCCAGCAUUGCUCCACCGCCGGCAUCGGCCACCGCGAGAAGACGUACAAGAACGGCCUGCAUGGCGGGCCGGCGCCGUCACCGCCAUCCCCAGACGAGUGGCACGAGUCGGCGGCGGUCUCACGGGCCCUGCGCCUCGAACGGGACUGCUACGAGAGGACCCUUGUGCUGCUGCGUGACGUGAAGCUUCAAGGCGACGACAGCGCGGAGACGGCGGAGGCGCUGGCGGCGAUCGCCGAGUCCGAGGAGGUGCUCCGGGGCAAGAAGCGUGCGCUGGGGGCGUGGAGGGCCGCGCUGCCUGCUUGCGCCGUGCAGCACAUCGUGGAGCAGGUGCUCACGCCGAGGAUCGCCGUGAAAGCGCGAGAGUGGGAGCCGUUGUGGAGCCCGGGCUGCGACCACUGGCUACGCCCGUGGAUCCCCUUGAUCGGACACUUGCCAGAGAGCCUCUACGGCACCGUGGAGAGCAAGAUCAGCGGCGGCUGCUACGACGUCAUCUCCCCAUGGAAAGACUACCUGGACCCGACGCAUUGGGAGAUCUUCUGCCGGCGUCACGUCCUGCCCAGGCUCACACGAUGGCUGCAACAGCUGAAGAUCACACCCCCGAAGCAGCGCGACACUAAGUUCCGCGAGGUGAUGUCGUGGACGCCUCUCGUGCGCACCGACGACGUGGUGUCGAUCCUGGAGCAGGAGUUUUUCGGCAAAUGGGAGGGCGCGCUGCGUCACUGGCUGCGGUCCGCGAGGCCGUCGUCGGGGGAGGCCGCGGCGUGGUGCGCCGGCUGGAAGAGCCUCUUCACCCCGGAGCUGCUCGAGGACGAACGCGUGCUCGCACGGCUGGAGGCCGGCGUCGCCAUGGUGGAUCGAGAAGCGGAAGACCUCGGCCGUCUUGUUUGUCAUACAUAG